CCUCAAGCCUGGACUGCAGCAGUCAGUGGACAUUACACCUCCCUCGCAGGUCUAUCUUAGAGCGAUGGUGACUCGGUUCAUUCUGGCUUGGGAGUCUGCUCCCUUUAGCCAGCAGCACCAAGGCUUGUGCUGCUGGAGCUUGAAUUUCCAUCCCAGGGCUGUCAGCCGGCUGGGGACCCAUCACCCGUGAGCAGGGCUGAGCAUCCUGUGUGUGGCCCACAUCUGAGGACGGUGCUUGCUGUCCCCAGCCCUUGCAGAUAGAGCGCAUCUGAAGUAAGGCUGAGCAUGUCUGGGGCCUCCAAGCGCGCCUUUGAAGCCAUGUCUGGUGAUGAAAGGAAAGCUGUUCUGUUCCCACCUGCCUUCCCUUGCUGUUUGACCUUGGGCAAGUCACUUGAAUGUUCACACUUGUUAAAAGGAGGUAUCUGUUGUGCCAGUUGGGGUCUAAGCUGUUGGGAGGGGGCGACCUGAGAGAUAGGAAGGAAAAUCAUCAGUCCUUUUUGCGUGUCAUUGGCAGCCCGUCAGCUCCUGAGCUCAGGAGGUGCCUCCCCUCUGCAGCAGCAAGAGGCAGGGAGUGAUGCUUGCACCUCAGUGGGAACCUCAUCACCACACAUCCUCACCCACUCAUCUCCAUGGGGCUUAUUUGAAGAGGGGAAGGAAAAGACUGCAGAAGCUGUCCCAGCUGUACCUGUCUGCUCACUUGUGCCGUGAUGGCAUCAAAUGCAUCUGUGAGACCACAGCAUGUGAGCAGAAGGGGAAGCCUGGAGUGGGAUCCGUGCCUGCCCACGCCUGGACUCAGCAUCGCUGGGGCCGCAUCUUGCACAAAGAGGAAGAGGAAAAGACACUUCAGUCCCCCUUGCUAAAGAUGGGGGGCAGCAUCUGUGCAACAGAGCAGGCAGGGAAGCUCCAGACCUGGCCUGUGGGGCAUCCCUGGCUGUGCCGCAGCCGGAGCACAGCAGCUCGCUGGCACUAGGGCUGUGGGCCGGCUCGGGGCAGGCAGCCGGGGCCAGCUCGGGGCAGGCAGCCGGGGCCAGCAUGCUCUUCCACAACAGCAAGACCCAGCUUCUGCUGGUGAACUCCCUGACGUUCGGCCUGGAGGUCUGCCUGGCUGCAGGGAUAACCUACGUGCCUCCGCUGCUGCUGGAAGUGGGAGUGGAGGAGAAGUUCAUGACCAUGGUUUUGGGGAUAGGACCUGUCCUUGGCUUGGUUUUUGUCCCGCUGAUAGGAUCCGCCAGUGACCACUGGCACAGCAGCUACGGCCGGAGGAGACCUUUCAUCUGGAUGCUCUGCCUGGGAGUCCUGCUCAGCCUCUUCGUUAUCCCACACGCCAGCAGCCUGGCCAGCCUGUUUGCCCUCAACCCUCGUCCUCUGGAGAUUGCCUUCCUCAUCCUGGGCAUCGGCUUACUGGACUUCUGUGGCCAGGUCUGCUUCACCCCCCUGGAGGCUCUGCUCUCAGACCUCUUCCAGGAGCCAGACAACUGCCGCCAGGCCUUCUCCAUGUAUGCCUUCAUGAUUAGCCUGGGGGGCUGCAUUGGCUACCUGCUUCCAGCCAUAGACUGGGGGGGCAGCUUUCUGGCCCCGUACCUGGGAGGGCAGGAGACCUGCCUCUUCACCCUCCUUGCCAUCAUCUUCCUCGGCUGUGUGCUGGCCACGCUCUUUGUGACAGAGGAGGCAGCCACCCAGGCAGAUGCUCUGGAUGGCCCGGCACUGAAGGAUGCUCCCCCUAAGCCCUCACCCCCUGCCUGCUGCUCUUGCCACGUCUCCAGGAGCUCGUGUCUCCUGCAGGCCAGGCACACGAUGCAGGCGCUGAGGAACCUCUGCACGCUGGUGCCGCGGCUUCACAGCCUCUACUGCCGCAUCCCCAAGGUCAUCCGGCGCCUGUUCGUGGCCGAGCUCUGCAGCUGGAUGGCACUCAUGACUUUCAUGCUGUUCUACACAGACUUUGUUGGGGAAGGGCUGUACCACGGUGUCCCCAGGGCCAAGCCAGGCACGGAUGCCAGGCGCCACUACGAUGAAGGGGUCCGCAUGGGCAGCUUGGGCCUCUUCCUGCAGUGCAUCACAUCCAUCUUCUUCUCGACAAUCAUGGACCGGAUGGUGACGCGCUUCGGGGCGCGCGCCGUGUACCUGAGCAGCGUGGUGCUCUUCCCCGGCGCUGCCGCCGUCAUGUGCCUCUCACAGAGCAUCACCGUGGUCACCAUCUCGGCUGCUCUGACAGGCUUCACCUUCUCUGCCCUCCAGAUCCUGCCCUACACGCUGGCAUCGCUGUACCACCACGAGAAACAGGUGUUCCUGCACAGGUACAGGAGCAAAGAGGAGGAAGCUGCAGGUCGCUUGGACAAGAAAUCCUUCUCCAAAGGCCUGCUUCCCAGCCAGAAGCUGCCUUACCAGAACGGGCACGCCGGGAGCCUCUUCUCCUCCUCCUCCUCCUCCUCCUCCUCCUCCUGCCCGGCUGCCGGCUCGGCCCUGUGCGUCAGCUCCUCCUGCGACGUCUCCCUCAGGAUGAUGGUGGGAGAAGCGGACUCGGUGGCCCCCGGCCGAGGGAUCUGCCUGGACCUGGCUAUCCUGGACAGUGCCUUCCUCCUCUCUCAGGUCGUCCCCUCCCUCCUCAUGGGCUCCAUCGUCCAGUUUACACAGUCGGUGACGGCCUACAUGGCCUCAGCGGCUGCUUUCGGCCUCGUAGCCAUUUACUUUGCGACCAAAGUUGUCUUUGACAAGAGCGACGUGGCCAGGUACGCGGUGUGA